GAUAUGGAUAUGAUGAAGAUCAACCAGACAGUUCUGCAGGAAUUCAUUCUUGUUGGCUUUUCUGUUUACCCACAUGUACAGACAUUCCUCUUUUUGUUCUUCUUUUGCCUUUAUGUCCUCACCCUGACAGGUAAUUUGGCCAUCUUGGGUCUUACCUGGUUGGAUAGAUCUCUCCACACCCCUAUGUAUCUCUUCCUUAGUGCACUUUCCUUCUCUGAGACAUGCUACACAUUGGCCAUUGUUCCCAAGAUGCUGGCAGAUCUGUUGGCCAAAACUAGCAGAAUUUCAGUCACAGGUUGUGGCUUUCAGAUGUGUUUCUUCUUGGGACUUGGUGGCACAAACUGCAUCAUACUCACUUUGAUGGGGUAUGACCGUUUCAUGGCCAUCUGCAACCCUCUCAAAUAUCCACUGCUUAUGACCAACAUUGUAUGUGGACAACUUGUGGCCUCUGCUUGGGCUGGAGGCUUCUUCAUUUCUCUGGUAGAGACUGCACUGGUAUUCAGGGGCUCGUUUUGCAGACCCAACCUUGUCAAGCACUUCUUCUGCCAUAUGCGGGCAGUCAUGAGGCUGUCUUGUAUAGACAGUGACCUCACGGAAUUCAUUGUGACCGUAAUCUCAGUGUCAGGCUUGCUUGGUACAUUCCUGCUUAUUUUUCUGACGUAUGUUUUAAUUCUUUCCACUGUUCUCAGGAUCCCAUCAGCUGAGGGCAAGCAGAAAGCUUUUUCCACGUGUGCUUCCCACCUCACGGUAGUCAUUAUUCAUUUUGGUUUUGCGUCUAUUGUGUAUAUGAAGCCAGAAGCCUCGGGGGGAGAUGAUACACUCAUAGCAGUACCCUACACUGUCAUUACCCCUUUCCUCAGCCCUGUCAUAUUCAGCCUCAGGAACAAGGACAUGAAGAAUGCUUUUAGAAAGGUAGUAGGAAAGACAGCUGCCUUGAAGAAAUAAUCUUGGUUUAUUGUUUUUCAUUUAAAGUGUGUCUCAAUGUCCCCAGAAUUACAACUGAUGGAUACUGGGAUCUAAAACAUUACAAGCAUUUUUCAGCUUAUUAAGGAUGCUGUCCCAACCAUCUACUUCCACUAUAUGAGAAAUAAUGUUCCUGCAACUUCUGUCCAUCAAUUUAUGGGUGUCUUGACAUGGGAAAGAAAGAGUAGGGAUGGGAGGUAGGAAGCAAACACAACCACUGCACUGAGAUGUUUUAAAUAUCUCAAGAUGUAAAGAUUUGGGGCAUUUUUUUCCUAGGCCAGGUUGUGAUAAACCAUUAAUAAGAUGCAUGCCAUAUAGAAACAAACUGUUCCUGCAUCUCAUGAGCAAUUGAACUUAAUGAUAUGCUUAUUUUGGUGCAAAACAUUUUGAAGAGCAAGUGUGAUACAGUUGGUAGCAAUGCUAGCAUCCCAUACCUGAGUGCUGGUUCAAGUCCUGGAUAUACCUCUUCUAAUCCAACUCCACGGCAAUGCACCUUGGAAGGGACAGGAGGAUGGUGUAAGUUCUCAGGCUCCUGCCACCCACUUAGGAGACCUAAAUGGAUUUUUUGGCUCUGUCUUUGGCCUGGACAAGACCUAGGUAUUGCAGCCAUUUGGAUAAUGAGUCAGUGAAUGGAAGUUUUCUCUCUCACUCUCAUUCUUUUUUUAUUCUUCUUAUGUCACCCUGCCUUUCAAAUAAAAUAAAAAAUCUUUAACAACACUUUGAAACAAAUAGUUUGUUCACAAUAUCCACUUCCUAUGAAUGCUUCUCUCAGUUCUCUGGUUGACUAAUUUUAUGACAGCUCAUGAAAGAUAUAAAGUUUUUAACCAGGACUUAGUAUAUGUAAAACUUAUGUGAAAACUAUUGGUAUAAUUUGAACUCCAAAAUUAAUAGGACUGAGGAAAAACGAAAUCAUGGAUAAAAAUUACUAUGUACAGAGGGCUGGAAUUGUGACAUUUCAUGUUAAAGCUGCAGCAUGAUAGGGCUGGGGCUGUGGCACAGUGGGUUAACACCCUGGCCUCUUGAGCCGGCAUCCCAUAUAGGUGCCGGUUCGAGACCCGGCUGCUCCACUUCCGAUCUAGCUCUUUGCUAUGGCCUGGGAAAACAAUAGAAGACGGCUCAAGUUAUUUGGGCCCUGCA